AUGGCCGCGGGAGCAUUUGCCUGCUGGAAAGGUCGAGUGGGCCUCCCUCGGAAGCAGCCCGGCGCCCGCGGGCGACAGCGCGAGUCGAACGAGUUCGAACGGCGAAGUCUUGGAGGUGCCACUGGUGCGGUCUACUUGCCAAGUCCCAGCCAACAGCUCAUGGUCUCAGAGGCCAAAUACCUCAAGCUCUACGAUGACCUCUUGGCCAAGGGCGCGCGACACUUCCUCGUGACGCAUGAAGCACCGCUGAACUCGCAGCCGCGCGUGGCGAGGGUCGGGCUGCUCUUUCGACUUAAGGAGCUCCGUGAUGUGUCUGAGGAGACCAAUGGACAUAGUAAAUAUGUGGCCGAACACGAGGUGGGUCGAAGGGCCCGGAUUCUGGCGGUCCUGAACGGCGAGCAGCACCUGUCCAGCACGGAGUACUUGCGUGCCACCGUGGAGUUGCUGCCGGCAGAUGAGUCGCAAACAGUGGAUGUGCACGCACUGCAGAGAAUCCGAGAAAAGUUACAACAAGCACUCGCCAUUCAAGGCGAACAGGAGAACCGCCCAGGGGCCACGGCCGAGCUCGGCGCGCUGGCGAACCGUUUGCGCUUGGCGAGCGUGCUGCGGGCACCCGGCUUUUGGGACCUGUGUAGCAUGUUGGGCUCCCUCCAGUCCUUUCGGUUGCAGUUGCAGGUCCGCACCAUGCGUGAAGAGGUGAGAAAGAUGACUGAGGAGUGGGCACAGCAGAACCCUCAGGCCUUCAAAGAUUUGAAGAGGAACCCUCAGGUGUUGCCGUCGAAGAUUCGAGCCUCUGGCGAGCGAGUGAAGGAGCUGUUGCAGGAAGGCACACAGGAGUUACAGAGCACGUUCCAAGAGAUUUUGCAGACGCCGUCGCUAAGCGACGGGGCCGUGCGCUUGGAGGAGGCCGUGGAGCAAGAACUGCAACGGAUGCGCGCAGUGCGUUCGUUGAGCUUUUUGCGCCGCAGUGAGUGA